AGGGGCCUUUAGUUCCUGAAGCAUUUCUGACUCUUGCUAAAUGCAACAUGUAGAGCCCCCUCUAGCACUGUACCCUUGAUAGGGAACUGAUUUGGUUGAGAGAGUGAAAUAAAUCUAGUCACUGGAUCCUCGGCUGAAAAAGAGCACUGUACUUAAUAUUAUAGAUAGUGUAGACGAGUCAUUAUCACACCAAAGUUACUUGUAAAGCUGUGACAGUAAGCAGAAUGUGAUUGUAAAUGGAGCUUGAUUUAACAAUCUUGCGUAUUUUGUUCUAAAUUUCUUUUGUGACUGCAUAUUAAAGUGAGAAUGGGGUGAUUAUGAGUGAGAAUUCAGCUGCCAUAUAAUUGUGCCAAUACCACAUCCUUCACUGGAUCCAUUUUAAAGGUUCCACAAAACAAUUAUGUUGACAUUAAGCAUUUGGUAGGGACCAAGAAAUGAAAAAAAUACAAAUGAGGUACUAUGGGGCAGUUAUAAAGUAUGUAUAAUAUCCUGGUUACCAGAUAGAAAACUCAGGGCUGUUGCUACGGAGGAAGAUGUGACAACCCCUUGGAAAAAUUUUCAUUAUAAAAGCGAGAAGCUUUUUACCAUUUAGCGGUGGUUCGUCGGCAACUAAAGGAUGGAUCACCCAUUUUUGUCAGCAAAUGGGAUCGGCAAAACCUCCCCUGUGCUAGAGAGCGACAACGCUCCUGCAACAAAAAGAAGUCUUUUUUGAGAUCAGUGGCUAAGAGGCUAAAAGGUCAUUUGAUCCAAACGAGGUAAAGAGCAAAAGACUGCAUUGUUUAGUUUCGAGCAAGAUGGCUGCCGGAAACACAUUUUGAAAACCUAUUACUAAUCACAGGGAUCUGACGGUUAUGAGAAAAUGGAGGACUUACAAAUUCUUGUGGAGAGAUGUGAAAACAGAACUUCUUAUCUAGGAAACAAAGUAACAGAAGUUAACAAGUCACUGAAAGCUGUGAAGGAAAGCUGUUCAAGUGCUCGCCUUGCCUUGGAUUUAAAUUAUGAAAGGAUAAAAAUGGAGGUAGUAAGAGCAUUGGAUGACCGCUACCAUUCUCUUGUUGAUGUUAUUGAAAAGUCAAAAAAAGAGGACAUGGAUUUGCUUAAGAAUUUAGAAGAUCAGCUAAAUACUGAACUAUCUCACCUUCAAGAACUCACCAACAAAGGCAAUGCUGAGAUAAACAAGAACAGUCAGGUUUUUGAAAAUGGAGAAAGUGAAGAUAGUCUGGAUGAGUCUGCAUCUGUGUGUAAAGAGAUAGCCUCUGCUCUUGAAAAGACAGGUAAAAGCAGUCCAGAUAUGCCUUGUGCUUCACUAUCAAUAGUUGUUGGUUUUGAUGAGUCGAAAGCCAAGUCUUCAAUUGAAAAUUUACGGGGCUGCAUCGCUGUGGAUGUAAUUGGGGGACUGCAAAUCACAGAAUGCGUUGAAAUGCCUGGUGGUAUUCUUAUAAGAUGGGAUGAGCAUUCAACUGAUUCUGAAUCAGUGGAUACAGAUAACAGUGUUGUCACAGACUACAUACUGCAAUGUGCAUCAUGUGCAUCAAAGAAACCGAAUCAUAGCGAUCAUGAUGAAUCAUCACUGAUUUUCAAUACCUUGUACACAGGAGAAGAAAUGCAGUACUUUUUGACUGAUAUUGAUGCUCAUAGUUGUUUUUAUUUUCGUGUUUGUAAAAAACUUGGAGAAGAAUUUGGACCUUGGAGUCUAAUAAAGAAAGGAUGGACAACACUUCCACCCCAUGAGUGGAAUUUAGAAGACUGUGCAAAUGAAGGAAGUUUGCCUGCAUAUGAGCUUGGCAACAACAAUCGCACAGCAACAAAAGUUUUCCCAGAAAGCUGUAAAAUUCUGAGGUCACUGGGCACAACCUGCAGAUUGGGACAUGCAAUCAACUUCAAAAUGGAUGAAGUUGGCGAAAGGAGUAGCAAGGAUGGGAUUGCACUGGUCACAAAACGAUUUGAUAAAGACUCAGGAGAAUUGCUCAUUUUUUCACCAGAAUCGAUUGUUGUCAACACAAAAGGAGCGAUUUACGUAAACGGGACUGUCAUGGUAAUGAUGUUACCGAAUUUAAAGCGAGGCUCUGUGCUCUCGUUUCAAACGACCAGAGUUAGUCAGGAAAAGCUGAGGGUUUCAAUAUCAAACGAAGACAAAGAGGUUACAUUUGAUUGGCUUGCUGGCCACGUAGACAAUGAACUUGCAUUUGCCGCCAGUUUUGAACACACUGGAUGGCAGAUAACUGUCUAUUAGAAAGGAUUGAAGACAGCAUCAUAUCUUAAUCAAAGAUCUAAUGAAAUGAGUACAACCUAAAGUGAUUCCGUACAUCUUCAGUUUUGGUUAAGAACUGAUUCUUACAAUUCAAGUUCUUCACCACUAUAAAAUCUGGAAUCCUAGGCUUGCCCAAAGUGAUCCCAUACAUCUUCAGUUUUGGUUAAGAACUGAUUCUUUCAAUUCCAGUUUUUCAACAUUAUAAAAUCUGGAAUCCCAGGCUUCUUUGAUUUUAUUAUUGGUUGGGGCAAUCUACAUUUAUGCACAGAAAAAAAGAUUGCUGAUCCUUUAUAUAAACAGAAACUUUUUGCCGUAUUUAACGCCCACCCCACAAAUAAACACAAUCCCUUCCAGCAAGAUAAAUUGAAGAACUCUAUUUUAUCUUGCUUCCAGCUAUAAACCUUCUGCAUCUCUUUCAUCCAUAACUUUCAAUAGCUACUACCAUCUUAACUUGCUUGCCUCCUUCCCCUCUUUUAUGGAUUUACGCACAACACCUCCUGAAGCCCAUUGAGAGGGGUCCUGAAAAGUUAGCAAAGAUCCUUACAAUAACAACAACAAUAGCACUCGCAUUUUUAAUAACGCCACCACAGGCCAAAUUUUUUCUCAGGCCCCAGAAAAGCUCUCAGCCAGACUGACCUCUCGUUCUCUAUUUGCUGACAUAGCAUGGUUAUGAAACUUGCUUAAUGUGCAUUUACAUGUAUGGCCCCAGUAACAGUUCAUUCUUAAAUUAAAUUGCAAUUAAAUGAUUUACAACCACAUCUUUAUACACUGUUAAUCUUACAAUUCUUCUGCUACAAGAUAUGCUAAAUUUAUUUGCAGUUUAUUUUAUUAUUUCUUGUAUUUUCAUUGUCAAGCAUAUUUUGAAGUGUGAUUGUUACUUAAGGAAAUAUUCUUAUUUCAGUUUUGAAUCUUUGAAUGUAUAAAAGAAACAUUUGUAGCUAAUUUGCCAUUGGGGUUUGCUCCUUCUUUGGGUGGAAAUCAAUUUUCAUUUAAAUCUGUUUAACCUUAAUAAUUGGAGGUAAUUUUCCUCCGCUUUUUAGAAUUGUAGAGAAUGAAUUGUCAGUUAAAUUA